UGGGCCGCGCUCACGCCGGCCGGUCGCCCGCAGGACGUGUUCCUAAUGAUCCGGCGCCACAAGACCACCAUCUUCACCGACGCCAAGGAGUCGAGCACCGUGUUCGAGCUGAAACGCAUCGUCGAGGGCAUCCUUAAGCGGCCACCGGACGAGCAGCGUCUGUAUAAGGACGACCAGCUCCUGGAGGACAGCAAGACACUGGGUGAAUGUGGCUUCACCAGCCAGACUGCACGUCCCCAGGCCCCAGCCACAGUGGGGCUGGCCUUCCGGGCAGAUGACACAUUUGAGGCCCUCCGCAUCGAGCCAUUCUCCAGCCCGCCUGAGCUCCCCGACGUGAUGAAGCCACAGGACUCGGGAAGCAGUGCCAACGAGCAGGCUGUGCAGUGAGGGCCACCUGCCCCCAGCCCACUUCUUCCAAAUAAAGGGAUUUGGGUUUCCA